CCUAUCUACCGUUUUCUUCGUGCGCUUCCUCUCUUCAUCGAGCUUUAGUUCGAGAUGAAUCACCGUGCCUCUUCGUCUAUUAUCUUCCUUCAUUCUUCACCAUGCCUCGAUUAACCGGGUGCUCGAGAACUCGUCACUGUACUUCGUGAACCAGCUGCUCGCGACUCUGCUUAAUGAACAGGUGAAGAGAAGCAGAUCGGAGCGUACCCACUGUCCAUUCAUUGGUUGAAGUAAUUGUCCCAUUCCCCUUAUAACUUUUUUUUGGGAAGGCUGGCAUCUUCUUGGUGAAGUUGAAAAAUGCUAUUUCUCCAAGCUUCAGCCCUGCCUAGAUGCUUCUCACCUUUUUGUGCUACAGAAAGAGAUCCUUUUUUUUAUCCUUCAUCAUUUAAUACUCAGAAUUUAUAUUUUCACUCUACUGACGGUACUUCUCAUUUGAGAUUUUUCUUGCAUUCUCCCGUACAUUGUCGUCGUACCAUACAAUCUGUACCUCUCUCUGCUGCUUUAAAAAAUUCUGUUCCGGAACCAGAGCCUGAAGCUAGCUCCAGUUCCUCUUUCAGAGAGGGACGUAAGACCAGAAGCCGCAACCCAAAAGAUGAGGUAACUGAUGCCAAUGAUAAAAAUUCUGCCAAGGUCUCCCUCACAAUUCCAAGGAAGCCCAGGCAUGGGCGUAGAAGCGAAGCUAUGGCAGUUGAAGAUUUCAUACGUGAUUCGCUUGAUAGGACAUUUGAUUCAAUUCAGCAACAAAGUUCAGAUGUUUUGGAGAAUAAGGAAAACAUAAUGAAGGAAAGAGUUUGUGAGAAGUCUAAAUCUGAAAGCAGUGAUGAUGAUGAUGAGAAAGAGGAGGGGGAUGAGGUGGAGCAUGAGGAAGGUGCCAGCGAUACUAGAGAGAAGAAGAUGGUGAUUGAGGAAGAAAGUAAGAAUUGGCCUCUGGAUGCUGAUGUUGGUUGGGGAAUAAGAGCUUCUGAUUAUUUUGAACAGCAUCCAAUUAAGAAUGUUAUUGGGGAUGAUGGUGUUGAAAUUGACUGGGAAGGGGAGAUUGAUGAUAACUGGGUGCAGGAGAUCAACUGUUUGGAAUGGGAGAGUUUUGCUUUCCAUCCCAGUCCCCUAGUUGUACUUGUCUUUGAAAGAUAUAACAGGGCGAUGGAUAACUGGAAAAUUUUGAAAGAGCUGGAGAAAGCGAUUAAGGUAUACUGGGGUGCCAAGGAUCGGUUGCCUCCACGGGCGGUUAAGGUAGACAUUAAUAUAGAGAGAGACUUGGCAUAUGCCCUUAAAGCCAGAGAAUGCCCGCAAAUAUUAUUUUUACGAGGGAACAAGAUCGUGUAUAGGGAGAAAGAACACAGGACGGCGGAUGAGUUGGUUCAGAUGAUUGCAUUUUUCUAUUACAAUGCAAAGAAGCCUUCGUGGAUAGACGAUACGGCAUUAUUUCUUCGAUAAUGAUUACCUUUCAUGUUUGUCGCGGAAAAUUACCUCCAUAGAUCCACUCAUUCUUCUUGGCCAGAUGUUUGUCAUAUUCUUUCUUUCUUUCUUUCUUUCUUUCUUGGCCAAGUUUUUCAUGUUCAACUUCACAAAUAAAGCCGUUUUAAAUUUAA